AUGGCGUACAUGUUUGCUCUCUACGAUAAUUUUAUGAAAUUGACGAUUUUGCGCAUUUUUGGAUUCUUAGAAAUUCAGUUGUAUGCCAUCUCUGCUAUUUUAAGGAGAAAACAUUUGCCUAGAUUUGUUGGUUUCUUUGAAGAAACAAUUCCACAUUUUACAACCGAAGACUUUAAGCAUCAUUUUCGUUUAAGUAAAGGUAUGUUUGAAGAAAUUCUAGCGCGCAUUUCACCACGUUUGGUGAUAGUUGAACAUGUUGGUGGGAUUGAAGAGACACCGCCCUCCUACAAUCAUAUUCACCUAUCAUCAGGCCCUGGUGGCGAUCUUGAUUACAUCAACAGAAAAUCAUUUCCAUCAAUGCAGCUCCAGGUUGUGUGUGAUGAUACUCUUCUGAUUCGUAACAUUUACACAGACUGGCCUGGUAGCACACACGAUUCCAGGGUUCUGAGAAAUUCUGAAUUAUUCACACAAGCUGAAGCUGGCAAUUUAUCAGACAGAAACAAAAUUAUCCUUGCUGAUAGUGCCUACCCACUUAAAAGGUGGCUUAUUACUCCAUUCAGAGACAAUGGUCGGCUUGGUGCAAACCAAAGACGAUUCAAUCGGAUCCUGUCUCUUGCCAGACAAUCUAUUGAAAGAUGUAUAUGGCGACUGAAAGGAAGGUUUAGGAGAUUGCAUGAAAUACCCAUUCAUAAACCUGAGGAUAUAGGGUCCUUAAAUUCAUCUGGAUGCAUUUUGCACAACCUCUGCAUACUGCAUGAGGAUGAUGUUGAUGACUUCAUUAAAGUAGAUGACAUUGGACAUCCAAACAAUUACCCAAACAUUUUCAGGAAUGAUUCCUAUGGCAUAAAUAGAAGGCUAGCCAUUAUGGCUAGUCUCCCUUAA